AUGUUCGGAGAAAAGGAGCUGAGCACCGGAAGCAGGGUUCUAUUUGAUAUUCUUGGCGCCAGCAACAUUGUAGGUAUUAUUUUUCGAAUCCUCGUGGGGUUACCUGCAAUAUUGAUUAUGAUUGUAUCUGGAGUUUUCAGUAGCAAAGAGGAUGCUCAAUCUAAGGUUUCACUUGGAGUGGGUAUUUAUGCUGGAAUCACCGUCUUUACUCUUACCUUGCAGUGGGGUGUAUGUGUAAUUUUUGGAAGGAGAAAGUUGCCACAGGAAUCGACGUCUAGUCAUGCAGAGGUAGCGCAAACUAGUUCAAAUUGUUUGCUGGCAAAAGAAGUCAUCACUGACUUAAAGGAUACCGGUGUUACGAUCGACGAAAAGACUCGUCGCACAGCUGGGAUUAUGCUCUUAACUUUGAUUCCUUACAUAAUCAUUCAACUUGUAGAUAUCUUCAAAAUAUCAUUUGGGACCCACGUAGUGAUUUUGAUAUUACUCAUCAUAUCAUCCACGAUGCUACUAUUAUAUUUCGUCUACCAGGUUAUGAAUCCUUGGAUGCAAGAAAGGAGUUUAGCCUACACAAAGUAUGAGACAGUGAGAACAGGAUUUCUGCAGCACCUGCAACAACAUGGAAAGCUCAUUGAUGAAGAUGGGAACCUUAAUGAUUCUGUCAUCAAAAAUUUAUUUGCUGAAACAGAUAAUGAUGCCAACAACGCUAUAACAAAGGAUGAAAUAGAAAUGUUGAUGCGUGAUUUAAUUAAUAAAGGAAUGAUGAAGGUUGACAAAGAAUUUGCUGUUUCUGAAAUUGUGAAUGAAAAAGUGGUGUAUGGAGAGUCGUUAGUAUGGACUUUUAUCAAAUCUAUAUUACAAGUGUUGUUGGGUAUUGUUGCAAUGACCUUCCUUGGAGGACCUCUGACAACUAGUAUCCUACAGUUAUCAUAUUCCAUGAAUGUGCCUUCUUUCGCCAUCUCGUUUGUUGUAGUGCCAUUGGCCAUGAAUUGCAGAGCUGCAAUAGCAGCAAUUUCUCCAGCCAGUCACAAGAGUGAAAAGAGUGCUUCUUUGACAUUUUCAGAGAUUUAUGGUGAAGUUGUAAUGAGCAACAUCUCAAAUUUGACAGCACUGUUAGCAAUUGUUUAUGCAAAGGAUUUGAAUUGGGAUUAUUCAGCAGAAGUGCUAACAGUUUUGGUGUGCACUGGGCCUGCACAGGGUCCGCCCCUGAUGAUGACCCCAUUCACGGGGCACCACUAUUAA